AUGACCAACAAUACGUACAAGUCUGAACCGAUCGCCAUCAUUGGCCGUAGCUGCAGAUAUCCAGGCCCAGCAACUUCGCCUUCUAAGCUCUGGAAAUUCUUGCAGAAUCCUCACGAUAUCUCCAAAAACGCACCAAAAGAACGCUUCAACAUCGAUGGGUUCUAUAACCCGAAUGGCGAAUACCACGGUACGACCGAUGCCCCAAAGGCGUAUUGGCUGGAAGAAGAUGCGUUCACUUUCGACACUUCCUUCUUCAACUAUUCGCCAAGAGAGGCCGAGACCAUUGACCCAGCUGGCAAGAUACUGCUGGAAGUCGUCUACGAGGGCAUGGAGUCGGCGGGUUUAACCGUUCAGAAGUGCUCCGGAACAAAGAUUGGUGUGUUUGUCGGCUUGAUGACUGCCGACUACGAGCUGCUCACGGCCAAGGAUGAGAUAUCAACCAGUCAAUACUGUGUAACCGGAACAUCGAGAGCCAUUCUAUCAAAUCGCGUAUCCUACUUCUUUAAUUGGACCGGCCCAUCCAUGACGAUUGAUACGGCGUGCUCAUCUAGUCUUGUGGCAAUGCAUCAAGCCGUCCUUAGUCUGCGAUCGGGAGAGAGCAACAUGGCAUGUGUAGCUGGUGUCAAUGUCAUGCUUAGCCCUGACGCCUUCACCAUUGAGUCAAAUUUGCACAUGCUGUCACCUGAUGGCCAUUCAAAGAUGUGGGAUGAAAGCGCUAAUGGCUAUGCCCGCGGGGAAGGUGCCGGCGUGUUCUUUCUAAAGACCCUUUCAAAGGCUCUCGCAGAUGGAGACAACAUUGAAUGCAUUAUACGAGAGACCGGAGUCAACUCUGAUGGGCGGACCCGCGGGAUCACAAUGCCGAACCCAGUGGCUCAGGCGAACCUCAUCAGAGAUACAUAUGCUCGCGCAGGACUGGAUGCAUCACAUCCGGAGCAGAUGUGCCAGUAUUUCGAAGCCCACGGUACGGGCACCCAAGCCGGUGAUCCCCGUGAGGCUGAGGCAAUUCACACGGCAUUCUUUCCAGCCGCUUCAACCCCCUCGCCACACUCAGGAGCCCGAGAACUCAUUGUGGGAUCAAUAAAAACAGCUAUUGGUCAUACAGAGGGCGCCGCCGGGGUGGCAGGUGUUCUUAAAGCCAUGAUGGGGUUACAACAGAAGGUCAUUCCUCCAAACCUAUAUUUUCACAAUCCCAACCCCACUGUCAAGCCCUUUUUGAAGAAGCUGAAGGUUCCUACGGAGCCAGUCGUAUGGCCUACUCCAGCCUCUGGACAUCCAGCUAGAGCCAGUGUUAAUUCCUUUGGAUUUGGCGGAACCAACGCGCAUGCUAUCCUCGAAAGAUAUGAGUCCAGCAUACAUGGUCGACAGAAUCAAAACUCAACAUCUGCGCCAGCAAUUCUCCCCAAUAUACCACUUCUGUUGUCUGCCAAUUCUGACAAAUCGUUGUGUAGCGUUGUCAAAGAUUAUCUGGCUUACUUGCAAGCAACGCCAGAUGUGGACGUCAAUGCUUUAGUCGGUACCCAAGCGUUUCGACGGUCUAUUUUCCCUUGCAAGGUCUCGUUUCCAGUUUCAGGGAAGGUGGAACUUGAAAAGGCCCUGAAAAAGAAGUUGGAAGCAUCGAAAACCGAAGAUAUUGGUGUGCGCUCCAAGGGAGAUGGUGCUGGUCGUGUGUUGGCCAUAUUCACUGGACAAGGAGCCCAGUGGUCGGCUAUGGGCAAGACGCUGGUUGAAACCUCCGAUCUAUUCGCGAACUCUUUGCGAUUGUGCAACAAGAUUCUGCAGAGUUGUCCAGAUCCGCCUUCAUGGGACCUUAUCACCGAGUUGUUGCGACCAGAAGAGUCCUCACGAUUGUCUGAAGCUUCGUUGUCGCAGCCGUUAUGUACCGCUAUUCAGAUAGCAUUAUGCGAUCUUCUAUCACACUCGGGAGUCCGUCUCAGUGGCGUUGUAGGUCACUCCUCAGGGGAGAUAGGCGCUGCGUACGCGUCUGGUGUAUUGAAAGCGAAAGACGCGAUGCUCAUCGCCUAUUAUCGCGGUUUUCAUGCGAAGCUUGCCGGUGGCGCUGAUGGCUCCAAGGGUGGCAUGAUGGCUGUUGGAAUGGGAGUUGACGAUGCACUCGACUUCUGUGGCCAAGAUUCACUCAAGUCACGCCUUUAUGUGGCAGCAAGCAACGCGCCGGCCAGCGUGACAUUGAGUGGCGACCUUGAAUCGAUCAAGAAUGGUAAAGCUCAGCUUGACAAGGAAAAGCGGUUCUGCCGACAGCUCAUAGUGGAUACGGCAUAUCAUUCUCAUCACAUGGACCGGUGUGCCACUCCUUAUCUCGACUCUUUAGAAGCCUGUGGCAUCGAAACAGAAGAGGCCGUCGCAUCUUGCCCUUGGAUGAGCAGUGUGUAUGGUCCAUCAGGGAAGCCGACUAUCAAGGAACUGAGAGGUCGAUACUGGCGAGACAAUAUGGUUCAGCCGGUGCUGUUUGCUGAAGCACUAGCUCGCAUAUUGGUUGAACAUGGACCCUUUGAUGCUGUGCUCGAAGUCGGGCCGCACGCAGCUUUAAGAGGCCCAGCAAAUCAAGUGAUACAGGAGUCACUCGGAUACACAUUGCCAUACUCUGGAGUGUUGAGCAGAUACAGCAACGAUGUUCUGGCCUUUUCAGAUGCACUGGGGAUGCUGUGGUGCCAUAUCGGAGCAGCUUCUGUGGACUUUCGGAGCUACUCUGCUGCUUUGGGAUUACCUGCAAACAGUUAUCCGUUGGCCAGAGACGUACCAGCCUAUCCUUGGGAUCACUCGCAAAGUCUUCUACGUCAGCCUCGAUUGAUGAAACAGUACCUGCACCGAUCAAAUGCUCCUCAUGAACUUCUCGGUAUCCGAACGCUGGAUGACACGCCAUCAGAGUAUCGCUGGCGCAAUGUCCUGAGGCCUUCCACAAUUCCAUGGAUCAAGAAUCAUCGUUUCCAAGGCCAAAUCAUCAUUCCUGUUGCAGCCUACUGUGUUAUGGCCUUGGACGCAGGUAGAGUGAUGGCGAAUGAGAGAGCAAUGUCAGCAACAAUGGUGGAAAUCAACCAUCUCCUCCUUAGCAACGGUAUCACAAUGGAAGAUGAUACCCAAGGCAUCGAGACACUAUUCUCCUUGACUUAUGAUCAAGAAAAAUCCACUGAUGAUCAAAUAACUGCGAGCUUUUCCUUAGAUUGGGGGCCAGUCUCAGGUAAUCGUCGAAUUAAACGAGCAGUCAGCGGCUUUGUCUCAUUAUACGCUAUGAAAGAAAACCCUCUCCCGUCUCCUUCACCCCGCCAGCCGGUGUUGAGACAUGUCAAUGUCGAGGACUUCUAUAGCCAGAUGAAUGAGAUUGGGCUUGGCUACACUAUGGCGUUCAAAUCCCUCACUUCCCUGGAGCGAAGCCACUAUUUUGCUGCAGGGAAGCUCGAAAAACCUCAUACUGACGACACUUCAACUCUUCCAGUCCGGCCAGCAUUACUUGACUCAUGUUUUCAAGUAGCCUUUGCAGCCUUUGCAGCACCGAAUGAUGGUGCACUCUGGACUUCAUUCCUCCCCCAAAGCAUUCGAAGAAUACGUUUCAAUGCCGCAAUCUGCGAUGUAAUUCCAGAGGCCCGGAGUACAUUGGACGUUGAGGCUCGGGUGACAUCUUUUUAUCCCGGCUCAUCUACCAGUCCAGCGAGCUUCUCCGGAGACCUGGACAUUUCCAACGAAGUUGGAGAAAUGGAAAUACAAAUAGAAGGCCUUGCUGUUCAAGGGCUUGCCACAAACUCCGACGACGAGGACCGAGAAUUUUAUCUGCAAACGGUGUACAAGCGAGAUCCAUGGACAGGUUUCGAUGAACUCGAGAGUCCUAUACUGCCGAAGAUUAACGUAGAUCUCGAAGAGCUUUCCAACCACAUAUCGUCACUGGUCACACCAAACACUAACUCGUUCACGGCAUCGAAUAAUAUCGAGAAUGCGCUCGAUUUGGCUCUUCGUGGUUCACCAUACCGACAUCAUAUGGAACUUUUGAAAUCAUGCAGCAGAGUCAUGCCAGCGAUACUACCUGGGCUCAUUCAUGAGAUGAAACGAGAGAGUGACGAAGUAUUUCUUCUGACUGAGAGAUUGUCACAAGUCAUAGGGGAUAUCAGUCAUCGUCAUCCUCAUAUUUCUGUGCUUGAGAUCAACCUAAGCAACAUGUUCUCAUUCACAGAUGCUAUACGCGAAGGACUCGCACCGGCUCAUUCGUCAUUCAUCAGCGCGUAUGUUCCGGGACUUUCUGUACCCUCAUCCCCGGAGCAAUCGCAGUCUGCCACGUACUCUUCAAUCCAACUCGACGAGGAUAAUAUUCUAGGGGGGCUUGACGAAAUGAACGCGCCAUUUGACAUUGUCGUAAUAUGUGGACACAGUGAAAGAAUUGCGACACAUGAUGUUCGGCUACACGCUCUGCAGAACCUGUUGCGUCCAGGUGGCUUCAUCGUUUCGGUCGAGUCUGGGGGCCAUCUCCUCCAGGAUCGACUCACGGGACUUUUGCGAGGCGAAAAGGGCAGGGGAACUCUCACCCCUUCUACCUCUUCCAGUAUUCUGGAUGGAUCGGAAUCGAUGGGCACAGCAUCAGUUGGACUUUUCCAGUCCAAGGGAUCAGGUUUCUCUUUACUGAUCGAGCAAGCACGCAAUCACAUUGUCGACAUUCUACGUUCGCCACUCUCCAACUUGGACAGGAUCAGAAUUUCAGGCCCAGUCUUGAUCAUUGGUGGAAGGAGAGCGGAGACAAACCAGAUACGGAGCUGUAUUGAGUCUGUACUCUCAUCGCUUGGGUGCGAGACUUCCUACGUAGAGAGUCUGGAUAUGGUCACUCCGCAACUGCUCUCUGGCAUCAACCAGGUGGUACUGCUUGCUGAUCUCGACCAAUCAAUUUUGGAAAACAUUAGCUCAGCUAGUCUCUCCGGUCUCCAAACACUUAUGAGCCCUGGACGGUCGUUACUGUGGCUUCUAAAUGGAUUUUACGGAGGCGCAAACCCAUAUCAUUCAGCCUCAGUUGGCCUUGCACGAACGGCCAAAAGCGAGACCCCAAAUUUCCGGCUCCAGUUUCUCGACAUCGACACCCUCAUUGGAAUGGGAGAGCUGGUUGCAGAAACGUUCUUGCGAUUUGUAUACCCAACAGAGCAUGAGGAUGAGGUUUCGUCGACUCUGUGGAUGACUGAAGACGAAAUUACGAUUAUCCAAGGCAAAGUCAUGCUCCCCCGAAUUAAGCCAAUCCCAGACAUGAACAGGCGUCUCAAUUCUAGGAGAAGAGCUGUCAACUACUCAGAGAACAUGGUGCAUGCGACCGUGGAAUUGACCUUGAAUGGGGAAACCAGGCCUUUCGUAUACGAAGCAUCCUCCUCUUCCUCUUCCUCUGGUACAGUGAUGAGUUCAAUCAGCCAUCAAGAAGAACACAAGGUUGCCGUCACAGUCUCGCACAGCAGCGUGUGGGCAAUCAAUGUCAGCAAGGACUCGAACCUGUUCCUCGGUAUCGGUACUAUCGCCUCUGGUCGACGAGUGUUGUUCUUCUCUGACAUGUGCUCGUCGAAUGUAAUGAUACCGCCAUCGUGGACCCAGGAACUUAAGCCGACAACAAUGUUGCCCGACGAUAUGGUUCUUGCUCUGUUUCUCAGAGCAAUUGUUGCUUCGCGGAUUGUCAAUUCUCAUCGUGACAGACCAGUCAUUAUCAUUGAGCCAGACAAUCUGCUCAUAUCAGCCAUUUCGCUUCUACAGCCGGCCAGCGAUGGGGUUCUUGUGAUUAACGUGACGAGCUAUUCUAAACGAGCCCAGGAUGAUCCACGGCUUACAUUCAUACAUCCACGUUCCACAAACCGCGCAGUAGCAGAGGCUCUGCCUUCUGCUUCUGGAGUUGUUAUCGAUAUUUCUGGCAGCUCCAAAUCCAUCCUUGGGAACCUCUUGCAGGAAAAAACGUGCUUUGCUACAUUCAAACUAUUCGCAGCUACCCCACAGCACAUAGAAAAGGGAAGUAUACUUAACACUAUUAUAACCACAGCCUUCACAUCCUUCCGUGAAUUAGGGUUGAGUGCUAUCAAAGGACAGGUUGAGACUGACAGCCUAAUGAUAAAACCCCUUAGUGCGUUAGUUGGCCAAGGUCCGCAGCCAUAUCUUACAAUGGUGAAUUGGAGGAAAGAGCCUAUGGUUGCACUGAAAGUACGACCGCUCAAGCUGGAUUUCUACCUGAGUGGGGCCAAGACCUACUUACUAGUUGGCUUGACAGGCGAAUUGGGAGAGAGUUUAUGCCGACUCAUGGCCGCACAUGGAGCACGUUACUUUGUUGUUGCUAGCCGGACCCCAGAGAAAGCUCAGUCAUGGGCAGAGCCAUUGAGAAAAUUGGGCCUCACAAUACACCUUGCUUCUUUGGAUGUUACAAGUCUUGAAGCAGUCCAAAAGGUCAAAGCGGAUGUAGAGAGUUUUCUUCCUUCGAUCAGUGGUGUCGUCCAGGGUGCCAUGGUUCUAUCGGAUGAACUAUUUGGGUCCAUGACUCUAGAAAGCUUACAGAGGGCUCUCAGGCCGAAGCUGGAUGGGUCUCGAAAUCUGAGCUGCGUCUUCAAUGAGCCAACGCUCGACUUCAUGAUCAUGCUUUCCUCUCUGACCUGCGUGGGCGGUAACUCGGGUCAAUCAAAUUAUACUGCUGCUAACUUGUACAUGUCCGGCCUAGCUGCGCAACGCCGCAGUCAUGGUCUAGCAGCUUCUGUUCUUGACAUUGGGGUUCUCUAUGGUAUCGGAUAUGUCAACCGUAUUGAAGGGGCGGAGAUAUAUGCGAACCUCCGAAGGCAGGGAUAUCUGCCCAUCUCCGAGCACGAUGUCCAUGAUAUGUUCACGGAAGCCGUGGCCGCCAGUAAGCCAGAAUGUGGAUCCCUCGUGCAAAUAUCCACGGGCUUGAAUCGUUGGAGCCCUAACGCACAAAACCCACUUCCAUGGCACAGGGAUGCACGAUUUUCGCAUCACAGAGCAUUGAACAACAAGGAAUCUGCAGGCAAGAAUAUAGCUGGCUCGUCUGAAACGAUCAAGGGACUUUUGAAUGCAAGCCAGGACAAGGCAAGUAUCGUCGAUCAUUUGCAGAAGGCAUUCUCUGCUCAUUUGGAAACUAUGCUACAUUUGGCGCUGGGAAGCCUAGACCCGACCGUUGCCAUCAUCGACUUGGGGGUUGACUCGCUCGCCGCCGUGGAAAUCCGGACCUGGUUUUUGAAAGAGGUAGGAAAGGAUAUGCCAGUGUUGAAAGUGCUGGGCGGCGCUUCGGGCGCUAAUCCUCGUGAAGUGUGUGAGGAAGUUGGUGCCGACCUUCUCGCCGAAAGAGAACCUGAACAAGAUGAAGCGAGCGAAACACCGUCCGAGAGCAGCUCCGGGCUGGCUAGGGAUUCAGACUCGGAUCCGUCAGACCUGUUUGAUAACACCAAUCUGUCACAUUCUACGGAUCUUACAUCGGACAACGAAGAUGAGACGACGCCGUUUGAGCAGGUCUAUCCAAUGUCUUCUAGUCAAUCCCGAAUGUGGUUUCCAUAUCAGCUACUGCAGGACAAGACAACCUACAACUGCACCACAUCGUAUCGUUUGCGAGGCCCGCUCAACAUCGACCGCUACGAGGUCGCACUCAAAACUGUCAUUCAUAAGCAUCAGGCUUUGCGUACUGGCUUCUACACCGAUCCAUACACGGGCCAUCCAAUGCAGGCGGUAGCAAAAUCUUCCCCUUUUCAACUGAAGAAGGUUUCCAAUGCUCGUGAAGACGUGGACUCUGCGCGAGAGACUCUCAUGAUUGCUAAGCAUAUCUAUGAUCUUGAACGCGAAGAUGUCUUCAUUGCAACACUUCUGGAAUACAGUUCGAAUUAUCAUGAGAUCAUAUUCGGUUAUCACCAUAUCAUCAUGGACGGAGUAAGCUGGCAGUUGUUUCUACAAGAAGUAGAACGCUUCUAUGUCAAUAUGCCCAAGCGUGUAUACCAGUCCAUUGAUUACCUCGACUUUGCAGUCAAGCAGCGAGCAGACCUAGACUCCCCAGCCAUUCAAACCAAACGUCAGUUCUGGAAUAGUAGCUUCGUCGACCUGCCACGACCUAUUCCGUUGUUUCCGUUCGCCAAAGUCACAAACAGGAAGUCGCUCAACCGAUACGAAGCUACAGAAACCUUCAUUGAGUUGGACCAGGCUCUUGCGGCCCGCAUCAAGACAGUUUCGGUUGAUAACAAGAGUACGACUUUUCAUUUCUACCUUACGGCUCUUCAGAUCAUGGCUCGUAGGCUGCUGAAGAUUGAUGAUGUCUGCAUUGGCAUCACAGACGCCAACCGCUCGGACCAGGCCUUCAUGGAAACAAUCGGCCUGUUACUUGACUCACUUCCGUUGCGUUUCAAGUCCGAUGGCACUGUCGAUCAAGAAUUCAGUGCCUGCCUUCAGAGCACACGAACAGCUGUUUACUCAGCCCUCGGGAACAGUGGCGUACCUCUGGAUGUCAUCUUAGACGACAUUGGCGUGGAAACGUCCACAUCCCAUCUGCCGCUAUUCCAGAUACUCGUCAACUACCGUAUGGGGGCGAUCAAACAGAAGACUCUCGGCCCAGAUAUCGCCUUCGACUACUUGGCUUAUGAGGACGCACGGCACCCGUUUGAUUUCAUCUUGACUAUUGACGAAGAAGACGGGCGUGCCGGUUUGACGCUGUCCAUGCAGGACUAUCUCUACGAUAAAACCUCUGCCCAUACGUUCCUGAAGACAUUCAUCAAUCUUCUCGAGAUUUUCUCGGAGUCACCAGAAACACAUGUGUCGGACUGCCCUGUAUACCCCGAAGCGCUGGUCAAGCAAGCGGUGCAACUGGGUAUUGGCAUGGAAUCACCACUUGAUUGGCCGAGUACAUUGACUGCACGCGUCGAUCAAAUGGUGUCGCAAUAUCACGAGCAAAUAGCCAUCAAAGACGGCGACAUAUCAUACACCUAUUCCAAAAUGGCACGAACAGUCGACGCUGUCGGCCAAGCUCUGCUUGAUCAAGGUGUCACUAGAGGGUCUCGGGUUGGUGUGGCAAGCGGCCCUUCCGCAGAUGUGAUACUGUCACUACUUGCAAUACUUAAGAUUGGGGCCAUAUAUGUCCCGCUUGAUGAGCGCAAUUCCGACAGCAGACUGGCCAACAUGAUCUAUGAUGGAUCGAUCUGUAUUAUUAUCCACAACAAAGCCACUGAGUCACGCAUCCCCACGCUAAUCGCGGCUAACCCUUCUACCAAGUCGAUAAAAAUCUCGGACAUAAAACUGGGAGAAUCCAUCCAAUUAAGUGACAAUGCGGUUGCAACGGAAACAGCUUUGAUUAUGUUCACCAGCGGUUCGACUGGAAAGCCAAAGGGCGUUGUGCUCUCAAAUGCCAGCUUCUUGGCUCAUAUCAAGGCAGCAACCACGGCCAUGAAUCUUGGCAGAGAGAUAGUCUUGCAGCAAAGUGCUCUGGGUUACGAUGCUUCGCUGGCGCAGAUUUUCUACGCAUUGGCAAAUGGUGGAACUCUCAUUGUGACCAGCAACCGGCAGGAAUCAAGCAACAUCGCCACACUCAUGCUUCGCGAAAAGGUCAGCCUGACCCUCAUGGCCCCUUCAGAGUAUUCCGUCAUCUUCCAGUAUGGAAAAGACUCGCUUAGUCGUUGUGAGUCGUGGCGGAUCGCUAUGUGUGGUGGAGAAGCAUUUCCCUCGGAGCUGCGCUCGUCCUUCAGGGACCUGAAUGUCAAGGGCCUAGAAGUCUGGAACGCAUACGGCCCUACUGAGCUAUCAGUCGCAUCAAACAUGGGCCAGGUUGAUUGCAGCGAAGUGGCAGUCAACGCUAACGCGACAGUGCCAAUUGGCAGGGCCAUCCCGGGAUAUAACGUCUGUCUGGUUAAUGAUGCAGUGCAGCCAGUUCCUCUAGGCUGCUCUGGUCAAAUUGCUGUCAGCGGACGGGCAGUCGCAACGGGCUACCUCAACAAUAAGCCGCUAACCGAUGAAAAGUUCGUAUCCGGAGCUUCCUCACGAUUCCUGAAAAGCGCUGGCAAACCGACGGCAAGAUGGUAUUUGACUGGAGACACAGCCCGCAUGGAUCUAGAUGGUCAGUUGACGUAUAUGGGACGCAUAGAAGACGAUUCUCAGGUCAAAUUGCGGGGCAUACGCAUUGAGCUUACAGAGAUCUCGAACUCGAUACUAGCGACAGCAGCUGGUGUCAUUGCACAAGCUUCGAUUAGCUUGCGGGGUGAAGGAGAACAGCAAUUUCUUGUCGGACACGUCGUCUUUGCUACCGAUCGCGUGCCAGAGCAGGCAGAAAUGUACCUCGAUUCCGUCCUCGCCAGUCUUUCUCUACCGACAUAUAUGCGGCCUGCACGGCUGGUUCCCGUUGCUGCUCUGCCACUAACAAUGAGUGGAAAGCUGGACCGAAAGGCUUUGGCAGACCUUCCGAUUGCAAAUACCGUGGAUCAGGGACUGAAGAGUGUAACCGAACUCACUGCCACAGAGCUUCGAGUAAAAGACGUGUGGUCAGGUAUUCUCGGCCACACUGGACUUCGAAUCACUAGAGAUUCGAGCUUCUUCUCCGUCGGCGGGAACUCACUGCUAUUGCUUCGGCUCCAGGCUGAAUUGAGAAGAACGUUCGGGAUAGACAUCAAACUUGCAGAUCUGUUUCAGAUACACUCUCUAGGGGACCUGGCGCAGAGGAUUGGAAGCCCCAAGGCAACACCAAGCAUCAGCACCGAAGCUCGCAUCGACUGGAACCUUGAGACCGCUCUUCCCCCUUCCUUGCUGAAGACACCCCGAAUGACGCCAAUUGCCUUCCAACGCUCAGGCCUCGGAAGCUCGCUAAGCGUCAUCGUGACAGGUGCUACCGGCUUCCUCGGUACUGUCAUCGUCAAAGCCCUCCAAGAGACGCCGCGGGUACAAGAGAUCCAUUGUCUCGCUGUCCGUGAUAUUCACGGAGAGAAUGCAAGGGCCCUUCAACGCAAGUUCUCAAAGGUGCGAUUGUAUUCCGGAGACCUCGCCCAACCACGUCUUGGCCUCGGUGAGGAUGAGGCGCGCCUUCUCUUUGUAGAUGCAGCCGCUGUCGUACACAAUGGCGCCGACGUGUCCUUCCUCAAGCCAUACGAAGCCCUACGCGACACCAAUGUUGGAUCUACGAGGGAGCUGGUGCGCUUGUGCCUCGACUCUCGUUCGUCGGCCGUGCUGCACUUCGUCUCGACAGCCGGCGUGGGCGCCAUCCUUGAGACGCAAGGAAGUGGCAGUGUCCCCGAACUGAGGGCCACGACCCUGAAGGAAACACGCCCGGAUUCAGUUGACGGCUACGUGUCAUCCAAGUGGGCAAGCGAGGUCUUACUCGAGAUUGCAGCUGAGAAGACCGGUCUACCCGCCCGCAUCUACCGCCCUUCUAGCAUCACUGGUCCAGGGGCGCCGGCCCUCGACAUUGUCCACAAUGUGAUGAAUCUUUCACGGAAAAUGCGUACGAUUCCGCGCAUGCAGGGCUGGGCAGGUUGGUUCGACUUCGUGUCUGUAGAGCGGGUAGCCCAGGAGCUUGUCCAAGGCGUCUUGGGGCAAAGGCAACCUGGACCGGUGGAGUUUGUGCACCCUACUGGCGAAGUAGUGCUUCCAGUUGCGGAAGCUAGGAGAUAUCUCGAGCGCCAAACGGGAUACGAGUUCCGUGAAGUGGAGAUGGAAACGUGGAUCCAGAAGGCAAUGUCGUUUGGAAUGUCGGAGCUUGUGGCGGGUUAUCUUGGUCAAAUCCCAGAUUCAGAUGUGAUGCCGACCUUCCCUAGGCUAGAAAGCACUAUCUUCUAG